CGUCCAGACUCCAGAGUCUCGUAAGUUGCACUUCCCUUCUCCACCACUCUCGACCAGUUUGAGACAUCGUCAAGCUGGAGUACUUAAGCAUGACAUUCGCACACUACACGUCCGCCAGCCCAAAAUCCAUCACACAGCUAGCAUCAUGGACACUAAUCAUCACCAAACGAAUUACCACUCGCCCUCCAGUAGCUCACAGCAUGACAACUAUAUCGACCCUCAAGUCCUCGAGGCCGGCCUAUCCCGUCACUAUAGUACUAGGGACAAAUCUUCAAACCCAGGACACCAGCAGAUGCCAGAACCAAACAGCAGAUUCGCAAAGUCUUACCACAACGCUUCCGCCUCAGUACGGAAUAGGGGCCAGCAUAUGGUGCUCAGAGUGUACGAGCGGUUAGGAAGGAGAAAUGAUCCUCCAAGGACCCCGUCAGACUCCGGCAGGGACAAAAGGCUCGGACCCAUCGGCGAUAUCGACUUGGAAAAGCGUUACGAAGCCUGUGCUGAAGACCAAAGGCCCUCGGAAUACACCGCAGAAGCCAGACGACUUGUCCGUACCUUUACUCAAGCUAAGUUGAUGUCCAGGUCUCCAGGGUCGGGGACUGGCACCCCAUAUUCCGACAGACGCAACCUUGACCUUGAACACAGUCCUCCUGCCGAACACUACAGACCCAGUAUCUUCGGCGCUCUUUUGACAUCCAAGCUCAAUACUCUUUUGCAGGACAAUAAUCAACAACGAGAGUAUCUGCACGGAGCUGGACGACAUCAUGGUGGCCUGGACCCCCUAAACAUGUCGCGAUCUGACCACAAGCGGUCACGUUCUUAUGAUCCCUCUCCAUCUGCUCCUUCUUCAGGAACGGCUACGCCAGCCCGAAAGGUCAAAUGGUACGAUCGAUCCGCCAACAGUUCAAUGGCGAGUCUUCUUGCGACAGCAGCUUUGUCCUCGGCCAGUCCCGCAUUGCCCAAGACCUCUGGUAUGAUCCCUCGACCUCACCUGCGACGCCACAGAUCUGCCGAGUAUACACCAUUGUCUCUCGACAUGGAAGAUGGCAUGGCCUACCGACAGAAGGGUUUCAGCGGUACCAUUGAUCAGCAGGACGAUGUGGUGACCGAACUGGCUGAAAUCAUCGCUUGCCGGAAGUAUUUGAUCAAGCUUUGUGCUGCUCUGAUGGAAUAUGGUGCACCUACACACCGGCUCGAAGCUUAUCUCGGCGCGUCAGCUCGAGCACUAUUGAUCGACGCUCAGUUUCUGUAUGUGCCUGGUGCAAUGAUAUGCACGUUCAUGGAUCACACCAUCCAUGCCAACAACGUUGAGGUGGUCAGAACAGCUGCUGGCCUAGAUUUCGACAGACUCGAGGACGUUUUUAAUGUGUAUAAAUGCGUCAUACACAAAAAGUUCACAGCAGAGGAGGGCAUUUUGGAAAUCGUCAGUAUUCGAAAGCGACCUCCAUGUCACAAUGACUGGUUUCGCAUACUGAUGUUUGGUCUCACUUCGGUUACUGUCGGCCCAUUCUCCUUCACCACGCGCCCUGUUGACUUCGGACCUGUUUUCCUCCUCGGCUGUGCCGUUGGUUUUAUGCAGGUCAAGGUUGUCCCAAAGUCGGAGCAUUUCUCCAACGUUUUCGAAGUCUUUGCUUGUGUGCUCAUAGCCUUCAUUUGCCGAGCACUUGGCUCUGUUCGAGGUGGAGAUGGUGAUUACCUCUUCUGUUUCUCUGGGAUGGCUCAAAGCAGCAUUGCUAUGCUUCUGCCCGGUUUUCUUGUGCUGAAUUCAGCGCUUGAAUUGCAGGGCAGGAAUAUCGUUUCUGGCUCGGUAAGAAUGGUAUAUGCCAUUGUAUACGUGCUCUUCUUGGGAUUCGGGCUUCUCAUCGGGACAGUCGUCUUUGGACUGAUGAAACGCGAUGCGGUUGAUACGACCACAUGUCAAGUACCGGAUUGGUUUUCGCCUGGCGACAGCUAUAAGCUACUUUACACGCGAUUUGUCUGGGCUCCUCUUUUUGCCUGCACGCUUGCCUUGAUAUACCAAGCGAGAUGGCGACAGCUACCGGUACAGGCUCUCAUUGCUGUGGCAGGUCAUCAGGCAUAUUACUGGAUUGGAACACAGCUCAAGAACAAUUCGCAAGUUGCCACGGCACUUGGAUCGUUUGUCAUCGGCUGCCUGGCCAAUCUGUAUUCGCGCAUUUUCCACGGCUUAGCGGCAGCUUCUAUGCUUCCGGCCAUUUACUGUCUCGUCCCUGGCGGACUGGCAGCUUCGGGGUCCCUCAUCGCAGGUAUCAACUCCUCGAAUCAAAUUGUUGGCUCGGACUCUUCAACCUCAACCGCUAGUACCAACAGUGGCGCCAAUGGAACUGAUGGAGGGACAAUAUUCAAUGUCGGCUACGGCAUGGUUCAAGUCGCAAUCGGCAUUAGCUGCGGCCUGUAUCUAAGCGCUUUGGUGGUAUACCCGUUCGGCAAGAGAAGAAGUGGACUUUUCAGCUUCUGAGACAACAUUCGAAUUUGGAGCUGUCAUUACCAACAGACUUUCCAACGACCCGCAAUAGAUCUUGUUCCGGCAAAUCAUGUCAUUGCUUGUAAGAUAGCCCUGAAUGAGUGCCAUGGACGUGGAACCGAUCAGACGAAUGCGACUACUUUGGCGAGAGCGACAUAAGCAAAGUCAGUACUGGAGCCCUCGCAACAACCGGCACCAAUGCGACAAUUAACAACGAAGCAACAUUUAUCUCUCCAACAAGCGCGACCUUACGAGCGACCGCCCC